AAUUCCAGCCUAACCUGUCCUGUGGAAGGGUUAUGAAGUUAUUAGCCAACGGGUUAAAGUAUCCAUUGUCCGACAUAGUAACUUUCUCUGAACCAAAUACAAUGGCAUCACUCAAAACCCUUUUAACCUGUUAUGAAAUAAUCAUCUUCCUGGAUCAUGUGCUCAUCUAUGUCCAGUAUGAAAGUGAAAAUGAACGAGUUUCAAGAGUUUUAAUGAAAAUACGAGUUAAUGAUGAUGAUUGGAAUAAGCUGCACCAGUUACCUUGUAUUUUAUAUUUUUCAUCGAUAGAAAAAUAUGUGCGAUGAAAAUGAUAAUGCCUGAGGUGUGGGAGUAGAUCAGCAAACAGGAAUUGCAGAGAGCAAUGCUUCAAGUUUAACAUCAUUGUCCGUCUCUGUGCAGAUUAACCUAUGCUAAAACAAUUGUAAUCAAUUGUGCACAUAUCUGAGAGAUACAUGAUAAAACUAUACUUGCUACUGCUGAGGAAUGAAUUUAAAACAUUCAAAAUGCAUAGAUGUCUAAUAAUUACUCAUCAGCACAAUCAUUCAUUAGCAAGUGUAAACCACUAAUACGUUACAAGAGGACGCUAAACCUCUCUUCUUAACUUUAACACUCGAACUGUUGAAAGCAAGUUCAGGUUGGUGUGCUUGCACCCUUUUGGGUCCAUUUGUCCCUAGAUGGACCAAACUGUCAACUACCUCUUCCUAUAUAAUUUAUGUUAUCUUGUGUGUCUCUGUAGUCUCUCUUAAUCAAUCAACUUAUGAAAAAGUUAAAAAAAUUCACUUCUUAAUGACACUCCGAGCUGUGUUAAUGCAGAAAAUUAUCUUUAUUUUCCCUCUAAUUUCCAUAGCCAAAUUUUGCUGCUACUCAGGUUACCAUGGUAUGACCUCAAAUAUAAACUUCUUGCAACCAUUCAUGAUUCAUCUACUUCGCCAUAUUCAUUUCUCUUUUCUGAAAUAUUCUCUAUUUGUUUUUUGGAUUUUAUUGUUAUUAGCAGGAUAUGCACAGGAUGUGCCAGGACAAACGGUUGGAGAUGCAUUGUUCUGUUUCAAUAAUAAGAUUUACAAUGGCUGCGAUGAGGCAUUUGGAUUAACCCUGAGUAGGAAUAUUAAUGUUCCACCAGAAGCAACUGAUGUCUUCUGUAACGGACCUUGCCUAACUCAGACACAAGCAAUCCUUAAUUGUAUUGACAGUGUUUUAUCAGAUUUCUUGUUCUACAAUGGAGCCACGGUACGAGACAUCAGAAAUAUCCUUCGUACUGGCUGCAGCUACGCCAGCCUAAGAGGGAACUUCAAUGUGGCGAGAGAUAUACAUAGAUUGCCUAAUUUGCUUGGCAUUUUUGCUUCCACUUGGAUAAUUGUUUUGUCUCUGCUGGUCUUGUAGCUGCUCCAAUCGCUGCAUAUCUUCCAAGAUUAUAAAUUUUCCAUCUUCCAUAGCAUCUCUUGCAUUCCAUGUUCUGCUUCUUUAUUUAACACACUCGCACAAAAAAAAAAAAAAAAAAACACCCAAAAUAAGCAAUUGAGAAGUUAAGACAAAUUAUAGGCCUAUUUCAUAUUGUUAUUGAAACUGCUGUUGAGAAAAUUAUUUUUUUAAAUAUAAUAGUUAGAAAGUAUUAAAAAAUAAUUAAAAAUUAAAUUUAAUCAAUUUUAGUCAUAAUAUAAUAAAACAAUUUUCCUCAAACUGUUUUUUUUUUUUCAACAGCAUCUAAAAUAGUAUUUUUAUUCAGAAAAGCAGUUUCAGCCUUUCAACUCAAUGACAAACAGGCUGUAUGUAAAUAAGGCUGCUGGAACUCUAUUGAUUAAAUACUAACAAGUAGUAAUACAUUGUACGUGGUUGUUCUACACUAGUUUUCAAGAACCCCAAAAGUUAAUUCAUGAGCCACACAUGAACUCAAAUGAAUGUUAUUCUCGGAAAUAAAAAAGAUGAAUGCACAGAGAAUUUUGCAACUGCAAAUUAAUACUAUUUGAGGAGUGCACACAGGUCCAAUUCUGGAAAAUAAUACACUCGAGACCCGCAUAUUCUAUCUAGAUAAUCGCGUUACCUGAAUCACUCAAAAUUAUAUCCAUAAUUUCAGUUGAGGAAGGAAAAAGGCUAGAAAAUUAAGCGUCCCUACCUGCACUUAAAGAUGUGGAUUGGGAUUGGGAUUGGGAUUGGGAUUGGUGGUGACUGAUGGGUUUCAUAAGUUAAUUCAUGAACAUCCACAUUAAACGAGAUCACACUUGAAAUGAACAACAGAAACUCCCCAUAUGCUGCUCUCUCUAUAUAUAGUCACCUAAUUAUUCAUGAUCUAGUAUAAAAGCUCUCUCUCUUUAAGCAAGUUAUCGAAUAGGGACUUAUAGAAAAGCAAAUUGAAGAUGGAUAGGAAGAGCAGCUGUUGUGGAAAGAGCUAUGAAAAUGUGACUACACCAAAGAAAGAGGUGGUGAAGCCUGUGAUUGAGAAAAAGAAAGAAAGUGGAACAGGUCAAGUGGAAAAUGAAAGUCCUGUAGUUGCUGCUCAGGUGAAGUCAGAGGUUAAGAAUGAAGACAAUGUGAAGAAAGAAAAGGUGCCUGAGAAGGUUAGGGUCAGUGAUGGAGUUUGCAGUGACUAAACAUAGGAUUGAAAGUUUGUAAUAAUGGGGAAAGGGAAUAGCACAUUUAUGUGAGUGUUUUGGGUUUCAAAUGGGGUUGGUAUUAGGCUAGUAUUUGCUUAUGUAAUUUUCCGUUUUCCAAAAAAUAAAUUAGACCUGGUUUGCUGUCUUUCUUGUAAAUGGUAAUAUCAAUUUAUGACCAUAAUUUUAAUGAAA